UUCGAUGAGGUCACCGGCAGAGGUCGCCAACGUGAGCACAACCAGUCCUGUGGCCAUCACCGCCAGAUACACAAUCGCCCUCCAGUUACAAACAUAAGCUUGCCAAAAUAAUAUUCCGCCAGUGAGUCGUGUGAAGUGAUCGUCAUUUGUUGACAGGACGGAACAAAUCAAAAUGGACGCGCGUCUGCUGAUGCUAUUGGUUGCGCUCGCGCACGUUCAAUGUUACCCAAGGAAGUCGUUACAACCUCUAAGCAAGCAUGCCAACAUUGACUUCAUCAACAUGGAGGCUGGAGGGGGGCCGAGACCAGCCAACCCUGCAGUGAAGCCAGCAUCAGUACCAGCGGUCAACCCAGCAGUGAAACCAGCCCCUGUACCAGCUGUGACUCCAGCACCCAAGGUUAACCCAACGCCGGUGAAGCCAGCAGUGGUGGCUACGCCAGCGCCAGUUAAGCCAGCAGUGGUAGCGACGCCAGUGCCAGUGAAGCCAGCAGUGUUGGCUACGCCAGCGCCAGUGCCAGUCCAGCCGAAGGUGUCUCCAGCGCGUCCCUCGGAGCCGUUCCCCCCUCUGCCCGCGCGCCCCACCCCCGGCCCCGGCUCCGUGAAGCAACUCGUCAACUUCUACGACAGCCAGGGGAAGGCCAGUGUCAUCCGCCCGUACAACUACAGCCAAGCGGUCAAGCAGGGUUAGGGUACAUCAAAACUAACACCCUAUGAGAUGUUAUCAGCUUAUCAGGCAUAUCAGUGACAUAAAACAAUUAAUUACUUAACUAAAAUAACCAAGUUUAUGCAAAUGUUACUAAACCACCAGUUUGUAAAAAUGAAAGUUAAUAAAUUGUAUUAAAAUAUA